AUGGUCACUUCUUUGGAACCCACAACGUCUCCUGAGACCACCAUAGUCACAUCACUAGAACCGACAACCUCUCCUCCUGAGACUACGAUUACUUCCCAGGAACCCACAACUUCUCCUCCUGAGACCACGAUUACUUCCCAGGAACCCAUAACUUCUCCUCCUGAGACCACGAUUACUUCCCAGGAACCCACAACUUCUCCUCCUGAGACCACGAUUACUUCCCAGGAACCCACAACUUCUCCUGAGACCACGAUUACUUCCCAGGAACCCACAACUUCUCCUCCUGAGACCACGAUUACUUCCCAGGAACCCACAACUUCUCCUGAGACCACGAUUACUUCCCAGGAACCCACAACUUCUCCUCCUGAGACCACGAUUACUUCCCAGGAACCCACAACUUCUCCUCCUGAGACCACGAUUACUUCCCAGGAACCCACAACUUCUCCUCCUGAGACCACGAUUACUUCCCAGGAACCCACAACUUCUCCUCCUGAGACCACGAUUACUUCCCAGGAACCCACAACUUCUCCUCCUGAGACCACGAUUACUUCCCAGGAACCCACAACUUCUCCUCCUGAGACCACGAUUACUUCCCAGGAACCCACAACUUCUCCUGAGACCACGAUUACUUCCCAGGAACCCACAACUUCUCCUCCUGAGACCACGAUUACUUCCCAGGAACCCACAACUUCUCCUGAGACCACGAUUACUUCCCAGGAACCCACAACUUCUCCUCCUGAGACCACGAUUACUUCCCAGGAACCCACAACUUCUCCUCCUGAGACCACGAUUACUUCCCAGGAACCCACAACUUCUCCUCCUGAGACCACGAUUACUUCCCAGGAACCCACAACUUCUCCUCCUGAGACCACGAUUACUUCCCAGGAACCCACAACUUCUCCUCCUGAGACCACGAUUACUUCCCAGGAACCCACAACUUCUCCUUCUGAGACCACGAUUACUUCCCAGGAACCCAUAACUUCUCCUCCUGAGACCACGAUUACUUCCCAGGAACCCACAACUUCUCCUCCUGAGACCACGAUUACUUCCCAGGAACCCACAACUUCUCCUCCUGAGACCACGAUUACUUCCCAGGAACCCACAACUUCUCCUCCUGAGACCACGAUUACUUCCCAGGAACCCACAACUUCUCCUCCUGAGACCACGAUUACUUCCCAGGAACCCAUAACUUCUCCUCCUGAGACCACGAUUACUUCCCAGGAACCCACAACUUCUCCUCCUGAGACCACGAUUACUUCCCAGGAACCCACAACUUCUCCUCCUGAGACUACGAUUACUUCCCAGGAACCCACAACUUCUCCUCCUGAGACCACGAUUACUUCCCAGGAACCCACAACUUCUCCUCCUGAGACCACGAUUACUUCCCAGGAACCCACAACUUCUCCUCCUGAGACCACGAUUACUUCCCAGGAACCCACAACUUCUCCUCCUGAGACCACGAUUACUUCCCAGGAACCCACAACUUCUCCUCCUGAGACCACGAUUACUUCCCAGGAACCCAUAACUUCUCCUCCUGAGACCACGAUUACUUCCCAGGAACCCACAACUUCUCCUCCUGAGACCACGAUUACUUCCCAGGAACCCACAACUUCUCCUCCUGAGACUACGAUUACUUCCCAGGAACCCACAACUUCUCCUCCUGAGACCACGAUUACUUCCCAGGGACCCACAACUUCUCCUCCUGAGACCACGAUUACUUCCCAGGAACCCAUAACUUCUCCUCCUGAGACCACGAUUACUUCCCAGGAACCCACAACUUCUCCUCCUGAGACCACGAUUACUUCCCAGGAACCCACAACUUCUCCUCCUGAGACCACGAUUACUUCCCAGGAACCCACAACUUCUCCUCCUGAGACCACGAUUACUUCCCAGGAACCCACAACUUCUCCUCCUGAGACCACGAUUACUUCCCAGGAACCCACAACUUCUCCUCCCGAGACCACGAUUACUUCCCAGGAACCCACAACUUCUCCUCCUGAGACCACGAUUACUUCCCAGGAACCCACAACUUCUCCUCCCGAGACCACGAUGCUGACUUCCCUGGAACCGACAACGUCUCCUCCCGAGACCACCAUGGUGACCUCACUCGAACCCACAACGUCUCUUGAAACAACCACGAUGACUUCUCUGGAACCCACAACAUCCGAGACCACUCUGACAUCUUCACCUUCUGUGACUACAACCACUGUCGUGUCAACUCCAACUGAGACGAUCACCUCCAUAUCUACCACAGUCAACGAGUCUCUAAUCCACGCCGUUACAGAGAGACCGAUAGAUCGACCGGUGGACGGUAAGAACGUCACAACUCCAGGGACAACAACGCUGCCUGUAACAACACUGAGUUCAUCCACCAAGCUCGUUCUUCCACCCGUUGUGCCUCCCAAUGUUACCACCACAGCCACAACAACGUCCACCAGAAAAGAGACAACAACUUCUGCCACAACGCCUACUCCGGACUUGGAAGAGUUCACCGUCAACUUCACCAUCACCAACCUCCGGUACCGGGAAGGGAUGGGAACUCCUAAUUCAAGCACGUUCAACGCAACCGAGAGGGCGGUCACCACGUUGAUGGGCCGAAUACUCCGCGAGAGCAGCAUCGGCCCGGCCUUUUCGAGGUGCAAAGUUGUCGCUCUGAAAUCGGCGCAAAACGGAGACGCAACCUGGAUCGACUCCGUUUGCACGUACCGAAACGACUCCGCGACUCCCGUUUUCGACCGGGUGACAACGUUCCGCGAAAUCGUGAACCGGACCAACGGUUUCACCACGAUGGGGCCCUACAAACUGAAACAAUACAGUCUCUACGUUGACGGUUACCACGAAGAUCCUCCAGAACCGACCGUUCCGCCAACCCCGUCUUGGACAGUCGUGAAUUUUACUACGAAUUUCACCGUCACCAACCUGCGGUACAAGCCGGAUAUGGGGAUCCUUCACUCCAAGACCUUCAAUGCCACAGAAGUGCCACUCGUGACACUGAACGGAUUUUUGAUAGUUUACCACAGUGAAUAUACUAUUCUAUUGUAUACUCAUUACUCAACACUAUACUUUCUCCUUAAGCUUGACAGAUGCCUCAACAGGAGCAGCAUCGGACCAGUGUUUUUGGGGUGCAAGGUAACUACUCUGAGGCGUCUGAACGACGGGGACGCAACAGGGACAGACUACGUUUGCUCGUACCGAAACGAUUCCACCGGGCCUACGUUUGACCGCGUCAAAGUCUACCACGAGAUUGUCAACCAGACCAGAAACUUCACCCAGAUCGGCCCCUACAAGUUGGAAGAAUACAGUCUCUACGUCAACGGUUAUCAUGAAACGCCUCUGGAAUCAACCCUGCAAACGCCAACAGUAGGAUAUUUCACAACAAAUUUCACUAUCACCAACCUCCGUUACAAGCCGGAGAUGGCCGUUCGCCAUUCAAAGGCCUUCAAUGCCACAGAACGGACACUCCUCACUCUGCUUGGCAGAUCCUUCAACACGAGCAGCAUCCGUUCAGUGUUUAUGGGCUGCGAAGUGACUGCGCUUAGACCGGUCAAAAACGGGGAUCAAACCAAGGUGGACUCCGUCUGCACUUACCGCAACGACUCUGUCUUUGACCGGGUGAAGGUGUACCACGAUCUAGUCAAUGGGACCAAUGGCUUCACCAAGAUGGGACCCUAUCGCUUGGAGCCGAACAGCCUCUACAUCAAUGGUUAUAAUGAAGGCUACCUCCAAACAACCGUUUCGCCCAAGACAACGCCAACCACAACGGUGGCCCAUUUCAUGGCGAAUUUAACCGUCACCAACCUCCGGUUCAAGCCAGAGAUGGGAAUCUACCAUUCGAAGACCUUCAACGCGACCGAACGGCCGCUCCUGAUUCUGCUUGGCAGGAUGCUGAACCAAAGCAACGUUAUCGGCUCAAGAUAUUUGGGGUGUCAAGUGACAACUUUCAGACCUCUCAACCAUGGCGAAGAAACCGGUAUGGAUGCCGUCUGCACUUACCGAAACGACUCCGCUGCCCCCGCCUUCGACCGAGUCCAAGUCCACCACGAACUGGUCAACAAGACCAGUGGGUUCACCAAGAUGGGGCCCUACAAACUGGACCCAAACAGCCUCUACGUCAAUGGUUAUAACGAAGCUCUCGUUCGUACAACUCCCAGGACUCCGAUGGUGGAGAACUUCACCAUGGAUUUCAUCAUCACCAACCUCCGCUACAAGACAGAAAUGGGAAUCCCGAAGUCGAAGGCCUUCAACGCCACGGAAAUGCCGCUCACCACUUUGCUCGCCCGAAUGUUCAACCAGAGCAACAUCGGUCCAGCGUUUAAGGGAUGUGAUGUGACGACUCUAAGACCUAUGAAAAAUGGGGACGAAACUGGAGUCAACGCUGUCUGCCGUCACACCGUCCCCGCCUUCGAUCGAGUGGAAGUCUACCACGACGUGGUCAACAGGACCAAGGAGUUCACCAGGCUGGGACCCUACAAACUGGACCAACACAGCCUCUAUGUCAAUGGUUACAAUGAGCGAACGCACCUUCCAGGUCAACCCCCGAUGACUUCCGACCCCGAGACUCCUGUUUUGAGGCCUUUCACCGUGAACUACACCUUGUCCAGCUUGCCUUACACCACGGACAUGGGGAUCCCUGGAUCUCGCAAGUUCAACGACACAGAACGAGUCGUCAAACAUAUCAUGGAAUCCUUACUCAACAAGACCAGCGUCGGCCCGGCGUUUACCAGUUGCAAAGUGCAGAGUUUUCGAUCUCCGGAAACAGGGGCGGCGGUGAUGGUCGACCAACUUUGCGGCUACUGGAAAAACCGGCUCGCUGUCCCCUUUGACCGCGUGAAGGUUUACGACGAGCUCCUCAACCUCACCAAAGACGGUACCAAAUUUAGACAUAUCGACAUGGAGAAGAACAGCCUCCGGGUGAACGGAUACCCACCGUCCAGCUUGGCUCCCGAAGGAGCGGGUUACGAACUGAGCUUCACCAUCGUCAAUGAAAACCUGACCAACACGGACCCAUCGUCCCCGGAAUACAAACGUCUGGAGGCCAGCAUCAAUGACCAGAUGAACCAGAUCUUUGGCCGGAGCAGGAUCGGCAAUGGAUUCAAACUCUGCGUUGUUACAGGAUUGAGGUACGGCUCGAUCGUGGUGGACUGCAAGUGUUAUUUCGACGUCGACAUGCUCCCCAGUGAGAAGACCGUGAAAGAAACUUUCCGGCAAGAGACUCAAAACGCCACGUCCCAGUGGCUUGGCAGUCAGUUCCAGCUCAGAAGCGUGACGGUGAGAGCGAUUGACCCAGCAAUAGAAGCCGUGACGGAUAUCUCCUUGCUGGCGCUCGACUUGAACACCUUCACUGUCAACUUCACCAUCAUUAACCUCCCGUACAAGGAGGAGAUGAAGAACCCGAACUCGGGCUUCUACCGGAAGGCCAAAGAGAGCGUUGAACAAGAGCUCGACCGUCUCUACCAACGCAGCAACCUGGGUGCAAAUUUCAUGGCUUGCUUUGUAGAAAGCUUCAGGCCGACCAGCUGGAGAAACCAAACAGGGGUCAAUUCUGUCUGUAUGUUCACAAAGGAGAAUGGCCAGAGACCCUACGACAGAGGCCUGGUCUAUGACGUCUUUAAGAACCUCACCGGCAAGGGUUCGUCCUUAGGGAGGUACAUGCUGGACGACCGGAGCCUGCUGGUGAAUGGAUACCCAACAGAGGCGAUCCCAAUACCCGCGAGGAAAGAGCUUCCAUUCUGGGCGAUUAUCCUCAUUUGUCUGUCUGUCCUGCUGGCCUUCCUCUUGCUCUUCCUCCUGUGUUUCUUGGCGAGGAGGAGAAGCGCGGGAAAGUACCAGGUCCAGCAGAACGUUUUCGGCAUCUACUUCCCGCACUUGGAGAUGAGGAAAGGCCGGUGAGAUGGAUUUCGGACACUUCACCUCCUUUUCCACAAAAUCCACCCCUACGAUCACCACCACGUUCCCAUCACUCAUUCCCCUCCCGUGGUCUGCCCGGCGACAGAUGAUGCGGACUCUUCAGGAACUGCUCGAGCUUCGGAAUUUUUUUCGAAGUUGAUUUGGUACCGAGUGCGACGGGACUGGAUGUGUUUUCGAAGAUUCGGGACGAUGGGCCGUCUUCCGGUGGCCACGCCCCUUUCACACAAGCCACGCCCCCUCCCCAUCCUUGACUUUUAGAUCAGUGUUGAGUUUACAAGCGUUCCUCUUUGAACGGGAAAAAAAAUUGAAGUAAUUCUCGCCAGAGCGUGGGAUGUAACUUACGGCCAGGAACUAGUUACUUUAUUCCAUCAAAUCAUUUACUCGUCGUCGUAGAUCCGGUUACUCAUUACGAAUAAGUUUUAGAAAGGACUUAGUUACUUUGUUCAUCACUGUAUUCAUCUAAGUAGGAUGUAACUAGUUACUUUAUUCCAUCAAAUCAUUUACUCGUCGUCGUAGAUCCGGUUACUUGUUACGAAUAAGUUUUAGAAAGGACUUAGUUACUUUGUUCAUCACUGUAUUCAUCUAAGUAGGAUGUAACUAGUUACUUUAUUCCAUCAAAUCAUUUACUCGUCGUCGUAGAUCUGGUUACUCAUUACGAAUAAGUUUUAGAAAGGACUUAGUUACUUUGUUCAUCACUGUAUUCAUCUAAGUAGGAUGUAACUAGUUACUUUAUUCCAUCAAAUCAUUUACUCGUCGUCGUAGAUCUGGUUACUCAUUACGAAUAAGUUUUAGAAAGGACUUAGUUACUUUGUUCAUCACUGUAUUCAUCUAAGUAGGAUGUAACUAGUUACUUUAUUCCAUCAAAUCAUUUACUCGUCGUCGUAGAUCCGGUUACUCAUUACGAAUAAGUUUUAGAAAGGACUUAGUUACUUUGUUCAUCACUGUAUUCAUCUAAGUAGGAUGUAACUAGUUACUUUAUUCCAUCAAAUCAUUUACUCGUCGUUGUAGAUCCGGUUACUCAUUACGAAUAAGUUUGUCAAAAGAACUAAUUAUUUUGUUCUUUAUUAUAUUCAUCUAAGUAAUUUAAUUACUAUUGGAAAAAUACUUUCUCUUGUCGCCCCCAAGUGGCCGGUUCAGAGAUUGCACUUUGUUUCCAGGAAACGGCUUUCUAUCGUCGCCCCCAAGUGGCCGGUUCAGAUAUUGCACUUUGUUUUAAUUUCCCGACUGAAAAAAAUAAGUUACUUCCUCUGCUCUGGUUCGAACACUAGUGCACUUUAGUUAUUCUAGACACGCCAUUAUUUCUAUUUCACUGCCAAAACGUUCCGGAUUCGACUCAAAACGAAACCAUUCCUCCGUCUCGUAAUAUAGGAUCCGAUUUCCGGGAAAAUUCGCCCUGGAUUUGUGGAUGAUUUACUCGUUUAUUUUUGUACCUGGUAUUUAAAUAGGUUCGAGAUUUUGCUUGCAAAGAUCAAUAAAUUCAAAUAUGCAAAAAAAAAAAGCGAUGCGGUACCUAAGUUUCCUACUUGACAGAUACAACUGUCUUAAGUCAACAGUAGGCUAGACUAUUAAUGCUCGAGAGCUCACUCCGGGCUGGCUUCGAACUCGUGACCUCUUGGUCAGUAGUGAUUUAUUGCAGCUCGCUACUAACCAGCUGCGCCACAGUCCGGUCCUAUAUUCCAGAGGAGGCCUAUAUCAACCCUUUAAGGGGGUAAAUAAUGAAUCGAGGGCCAUAUAUUAUAAUAUAUUGUAUAUACAUGUAAUAUUAAUAUUA